AUGUCACAAACCUCAAGCUUUGUCAAAAAACUAGCAUCCAAUGACAAGCCUACAAGAGAUUCUGCAUUGGAAUCAUUACAGAACUUUCUCGGUUCUAAGAAAGAUUUAUCGUUAUUGGAUUUAAAGAAAAUCUGGAAAGGAUUAUAUUUUUCAAUGUGGUAUUGUGAUCGAUCGAAAGCACAAGAACGGUUAGCUGAGAAUUUGGGCAAAUUAUAUAGUGAAACUGUUAGUGUUCUGUUAUUUCCUCAAUUUGUGUUGGCAUUUUUUGAUAUUAUAAGUAUUGAAUGGCCUAAUAUUGAUCAAUGGAGAGUAGACAAAUAUUAUUUAUUAAUAAGAAGAAUUUUAAGACAUAAUUUCAAAUUCUUGAAACAAAAUAAUUGGGAUGACAAACUUGUGGAAAAUUGGGUCAAUGUAUUACAUCAAAGUGUAUUAAGUGGUGAAAAGAAUGUUAGUAUGGGAUUACCCUAUCAUUUGUGUGACAUAUUUAUAGAUGAAUUGGAAUUGGUCAUGUUUGAAGAUAUUCAAGAAGAAAUCGAUGAUUUGGAUAAUGAUGCCAGUUUAGAAGAUAAAACCAAACUACUUGGUAAAAAAAUUGAUAUUGUAUCAGAAGUUCCCGUGUUGAAACUACUCGAGCCAUUUCAAAAGUUGAAUAAACUGGCACAAUUGAAAACAUUGAGAGAGAAAUGUGCAGAAGAAGUCUUGAAUGAUGAAAGAUUGAAAGACUGGGGUGUGAUUGAAGAAGAUGAUGAUAGUGAUAGUAGUGAUAACGAAGAUUCAGGUGAUGAUAAUGACGAAGAUGAAUGGAAAGGGUUUUAG